AUGUUUUCCCGCACAAGAGCGACAACUCUAAAUUCCAACUCAUUUGCCAGAAACUUGUUACGUCUCUAUUCACAAGUACCAUUACGUGUUCCAAUCACUCUACCAAAUGGGUUCACCUAUGAACAACCAACUGGUUUAUUCAUCAAUGGAGAAUUCGUCGCCUCAAAGCAAAAGAAAACGUUUGAUGUGAUCAACCCAUCGAACGAAGAAAAAAUAACGACAGUUUAUAAAGCUAUGGAAGACGAUGUUGAUACAGCCGUUGCUGCUGCUAAAAAAGCCUUCGAAACUAAGUGGUCCAUUGUGGAGCCCGAGGUUCGUGCUAAAGCUUUAUUUAAAUUAGCAGACCUGGUUGAGGAAAAUAAGGAAACGUUAGCUGCCAUCGAAUCUAUGGAUAAUGGUAAGUCCCUAUUUUGCGCACGUGGUGACGUCGCUUUAGUUUCCAAGUACUUGCGUUCCUGUGGCGGCUGGGCAGAUAAAAUUUAUGGUAACGUUAUUGAUACUGGUAGAGACCAUUUCACCUACUCUAUGAAGGAACCGUUAGGUGUUUGUGGCCAAAUAAUCCCCUGGAACUUCCCAUUAUUGAUGUGGUCAUGGAAAAUUGGCCCUGCUUUGGCUACAGGUAACACUGUAGUAUUGAAACCUGCUGAAACAACACCAUUAUCUGCCCUUUUCGCUUCACAGUUGUGCCAGGAGGCAGGUAUACCCGCUGGUGUGGUCAAUAUUCUUCCAGGUUCCGGCAGAGUUGUUGGGGAGAAAUUGAGUGCUCACCCAGAUGUGAAAAAAAUUGCUUUUACAGGCUCUACUGCCACUGGCCGUCAUAUUAUGAAGGUGGCCGCCGAUACUGUGAAAAAGGUUACUUUGGAGCUAGGGGGUAAAUCGCCAAAUAUCGUGUUUGCUGACGCUGAUAUAAAUAAAGCCGUUGAAAAUAUCGCCUUUGGCAUCUUUUACAAUUCUGGUGAAGUUUGUUGUGCAGGUUCCAGAAUAUACAUUCAAGAUACAGUGUAUGAAGAAGUGUUGGAAAAAUUAAAGGAUUACACGGAAUCGCUUAAAGUUGGGGACCCAUUUAAUGAGGAAGUUUUCCAAGGAGCUCAAACAUCUGAAAAGCAACUGCAUAAAAUUCUGGAGUAUGUCGAUGUAGCAAAAUCAGAAGGGGCUCGACUUGUGACCGGAGGUGUCAGACAUGGCAAUAAGGGUUUCUUUGUCAAGCCAACUGUGUUUGCUGACGUCAAAGAGGAUAUGAGAAUUGUUAAAGAAGAAGUGUUUGGCCCCAUCGUAACCGUUUCUAAAUUUUCUACUGUUGAUGACGUGAUCGCUAUGGCAAAUGACUCUCAGUAUGGAUUAGCGGCCGGUAUUCACACAAAUGAUAUCAACAAGGCCAUUGAUGUCUCCAAAAGAGUGAAGGCAGGUACCGUUUGGGUGAAUACUUAUAACAACUUUCACCAAAAUGUUCCUUUUGGUGGCUUUGGUCAGUCAGGUAUUGGACGUGAAAUGGGUGAGGCUGCUUUGAGUAAUUACACUCAAACAAAGUCUGUUAGAAUUGCUAUUGACAGACCAGUUCGUUAG